UGACGAGUUUUGAGGUUAUGUUCUGUGAUAUUGUGAUUGUUAGGUUAGAGCCAGACACGUUUAUGAAGAACUGAGCAAUAAUUGACACUGCAGGUUUUUCUUGCACUUUAAACGGAUAUUAUUUCUUAUUUAUAGUGGAAUUGAUCAUAUUUAAUCAUCAAUGGACGCUGAACAAAGUUCCAAAGCCGACAAACCCCUCUCGAUCCUGGAAAGGUUCCGGCAACUGAGUAAGGACAAAGAGAGAGAAAAACUGGAGGCUUCCAAACCCAAGCCAGCACCCACAGUGAGCGCCAUUUAUUUGUCGAAGAAUGACAAGACUUCUUCUCAAAAGUUUGGUAACGACAGAGGCUGGAAACAAAAUAAAUGGGGGAUUCUAAUAAUCGACAUGAUCGAAGAAGAGGAGGUUGGGGAAGAGGAGAAGGAGGUAGAGGAAGAGGACGCGAUAAAGGAUGGAGAGACGGGGGAGGAGGAGAAGGAGGAGAAAGAGGAUGGAAGAGAAAAGGCGAAUACAAUAGCAGAGAUGAUCGUCAAGAACACAAGGAUAAAAAUAGAACUGGAGAACUGAUGUCGAUAAAAGAGUCUGACGUCGGAAUCACCGAGUAUGUCAACCAAAACUUGACUGGAUUCACAGGAAUUCUGAAACAAAGGUAGUUGUCAACUUUUUCAAGAAUGGUGGAUCUUCAAAUUCACUAGCCGUAAAAAUUACAAUACUAUAGUGAGGUCCAUGUUAUAAUGGCAGUGGAGAAAGAUAGGAGAACAACGUUGCCGAUCUUCAUUGUCUUGUCAAUGCCUUUUUGACA